AGAAAAAAGAUAAGAGUUUGGGGGCUUCUUUGCAAAAACCUCAUUCUUGACCAAACUAGGGCUUUACCCUUUCGAGCUCCCAAAAUUCUCUGCACCAAUGGCGGAAUCCAUUUGCAGAGCACUCCGAGAUGGUGCGCUGGAGGGAGAGCACGCUCCGGCUCUCACUAUUAUGGACUCCUUAGCCUCACCUUUCGGGUUCGAUGUCUUCACUCACGUCCUCACCCAGCUCUCCUCCAACAUUUUGGCAGGAAAAUCCCAGUCCGGCGGUCUCGUGCUCGUCGCUUUCACUCGGAGCCCAUCGUUUUAUAUGCGUUUGUUGAAGAUGAGAGGAAUCGAUGUUGCUUCAUCCCGGAAGUGGAUCCAGAUUUUGGAUUGUUAUACGGAUCCUCUUGGUUGGAAGGAUAGGCUUGUGGACUCCGGAAAUAAUACGCCUCUUUCUAAGGAAGCUUCCACCGGAGUGAGUUUGUGUAAGAACAUUAAGGAUAUGGCCAAGUUGUUCUCGUCAAUUAUUGAGCUGGGGAAAGGAUUAGUUGGACAAGGCAAAGUUCGAUUUUGUGUUGCCAUAGACACGGUCAAUGAAAUCUUACGACAUGCAUCUAUAUCAUCAGUAUCGGGCCUUAUAAGCAAUCUUCGAAGCAAUGAUCAGGUUUCGAGUAUCUUUUGGUUGUUACAUUCAGACCUUCAUGAAGACAGGGUUGCUGCCAUUCUUGGGUAUAUGUCCUCUAUUGUAGCCAGCAUAGAACCACUAAAUCAAUCUGCAAAUGGACAGAUAUGCAAUUUGGAGAACCUCUCUCUCCUUGGACGUAAUUAUUGGAAAGGAAAGCUUCAUGUCCGGUUCAAGCGCAGAAAUGGGCGUGUUCGAGUGAUGCAAGAAGAAUUUGAUGUUGAGCAGUCAGUCAUCAACUUUACAUCCCUUUCAUCUGGAGAUGAAUUAAUCAAUCGAAGCCUUUUGCCAAAGGUACAAUUCAAUCUACAGCUGUCAGAGAAGGAGCAAAACGAUAGGGCUAAAGUUGUACUUCCUUUUGAGCACCAAGGAAAUGGUAAGCCCAUACAAAUAUAUGAUGGCCGGAGGUCUCUUGAAGAUAGCCACAAUGAGGAAACAUCUGUUUCGACCGGAAUAUUGCAAACACUUGAGAACUCAAGCAAGGGCGAGAUAAUCUAUCUGCGUGAUUCAGACGAUGAGAGGCCAGAUUCUGAUGAGGACCCAGACGAUGAUUUGGAUAUAUAAUUGUGUUGCACCUUUUAUAAUCUUGGAGGGUGAGAGUGCCACAUGUUGUUGAUGCAUGUGGCUACCGGAUUGGUUGGACAAGGCAAAGUCUGUGUCCUGUAUUUUGCUCAGUCAAGCCCUGAUACACGGUGGAGAAUGUCCUCGUUCACCUUGACCGGGGGCUGUGGUAAUGAUGUUUCUCAAGCAAUAUGCAUCUAAGAGAACCCGUGAUUUGGUGGAGGGGCUUCGGAUAGAUAUUCUUUGGCUUGUUCUUCUAUUCCCGAUCAUGGAGUGAAAUCGUCGUUAAGGGAUUACAUAUAUUUGUAUUGAAACUUUCUGGAAAUAUAUCUUAUUCGGAUUCAGUUUUCUAGAGUUUUGUCUUCUUUUUCCCA